GGGUAAAUUCCCUGCCCGUGCCUUGUGUUCAAGAGCUGGCCAAAGAGCCCUUAACAACAAUUCCACCAAGAUACAUCCGUCCAGACCUACAACAACAACCGAUUGUUUCCGACGACGGUUUGGUGCUGGAAAUCCCAAUCAUUGAUAUGCAGAGCUUGCUUUCUGAAGAAUCAAUGGAAGCUGAAUUAACCAAACUCGACUUUGCCUGUAGAGAAUGGGGGUUCUUCCAGCUGGUAAAUCAUGGAGUAAGCUCUUCUAUGUUGGAGAAUGUAAAGAAAGGGGCUCAGGAUUUGUUUAACCUUCCAAUGGAAGAAAAGAAAAAAUAUUGGCAGUGCCCAGGAGAAAUGGAAGGAUUUGGGCAGGCCUUUGUUUGCUCAGAGGAGCAAGAGCUUGAUUGGAGUGAUCUCUUCUUCAUUGUAACCCAACCACCCCAUUUGAGAAAUCCCCAUCUGCUCCCUAAGCUCCCACCUCCGUUCAGAGAAGCAUUGGAACUUUACUCAUUGGAAUUGAAAAAUCUAGCCAUGGCUCUCUUAGGAAAGUUGGCUAAAGCUCUUCACAUGGAAACCAGCGAAAUGGAGGAGAUUUUUGAGGAGGGUUUUCAGUUUAUAAGAAUUAAUUAUUACCCGCCAUGCCCACAACCAGACAAGGCCAUUGGUCUCAGUCCUCAUUCUGAUGGUAGUGCUCUCACCAUUCUCCUUCAGGUGAAUGAAGUAGAUGGCCUCCAAGUAAAGAAAGAUGGCAAAUGGGUUCCGGUUAAGCCUCACCAAAACGCCUUCAUUGUCAACGUCGGAGACAGUUUAGAGAUUGUGACAAAUGGAGCUUAUCGAAGUGUUGAGCAUCGCGUAACAGUUAACUCUGUAAUGGAAAGGCUCACUAUUGACACGUUUUACAAUUCAAAGUAUGAUGGGGAAAUAGGGCCAGCAAGAAGCUUGACCUCUCAGGAGAAACCAGCAUUGUUCAAGAGAAUCACCAAUGAAGAAUAUAGGAGGGUAAAGCUUGGUAGCAAGCUUAAUGGAAAAUCUCACCUUGAUACCUUUAGAUUGUAAAAUGGUUAAUUGGACUCAGCCCAAUGAAUGAUGCAGUCAUGUUUCAUGCAGCAGUGUUAUGUUGAACAAUAAGGAACUAUUAGCGUGUGAGAUCAAGUCUCUUAAUGUGGCAGUUACAAUUAGUUUAUUUUGCUUAGUGGUGUAGCAGUUUCUUUUGCAAUUUGUAACUUCUUUUCAUUUCAACAACUGUUAUGUAUAAGUUUCUUUUCUUUGAAACUAAUAUGUGCAUAUGUUUGCUAUUGUAUUCUGCCAAUAUAUCAAACACUCUUUA